AUGAGAAAAUUGCCCUUCCAACGGCUGGUCCGUGAAAUAGCGCAAGAUUUCAAGACCGAUUUUCGGUUACAAAGUUCUGCUCACGGUAAGAGAGUAACCAUCAUGCCGAAAGAUAUACAGCUGGCAAGACGUAUUAGGGGCGAACGCGAGAGAGAGAGAGAGAGAGAGAGAUACCAGUAUCUGCUUUGGCAUAACAGCAAAGUGUUGUUUCUACCUUUUCACGUUGGUUGGUUGCAGGGUCGGUAA